GCGCCUCUGCCCUGCGUGCGCUGCCGGCUCACGAGUUUUGUCAGAGGAGCUUUGUGUUGGGCUAUGGCAAGCACGAGGGCUUAGGCAACAACCUGUAUAAGAUCCUCACGGCUCCAGCUCUUGCUCUCAUGCUCAACCGCUCCAUUAUCGUGGGCGAGAACUAUGGCACGCGGCCACUGAUGGAGAGCAACAAGACGGUGGGGCAGCGGCUGUGGAAGGACUAUCUCGCCUUCUCCCCAGAAGUAUUCUCCAUGCUCGAGUUGAGGCACCUCUGGUAUCAGCAUGACUGCGAGCGGCGCUACAGGCGGCCUCUGGUGGUCAGGACGGACUCUUUUGCCAACCGGGCAAGAUCACGCACUAUGUGUGAUGAUUGGUCCACGUGGAGGGAACCCAUCAUCUG